AUGGACCAAGAGAUCAACGAGUUGCUUCAGGAGCUCGGCGCUAACAAGGCGCUUGUACAGCAACUCGAGGCUUCUAAUCGGCGCCUCGAACGAACGAUCCGAGAGCUUCAGGAGAAGACGCAUCGCCCAUUCAUAUUCUUGGAUCUGCCGCUGGAACUUCGUGAGAUGGUAUACGAGCUGUGCGUUGCUCCUGGAAAGGUACGUGGUGACGCGAGACAAUUGCCGGGAGCACAUGUUCUGACUCUGAUGGUUGUAGGUGUUUCUUCGCCCGCGGCCGCAGAACGACGUAAGACUUGACGAGUAUAAGAAGUAUCACCAAGUUGAAUGGCAACUACUCGCUGUCACCCGUCAGGUUCGAAAAGAAUCGGCCAAGGUCCUCUUCACAAAGAAUCAAAUCGUCUUCAACAACCGCCACGAUGGACAGAGCGAUCAGAAGCAUACCCCGAUACUUGACUGGCACAUCUCAUCCCCAGUCUCACUCGCAGCACUAUGCCGGAAGAGCCUUACGUCCGUCAGCAUUGCUUUGGAUCUGUACAACAACCAGUUCAAAUUAGAAGAUACCAUGGCACUUUCAGCUGUGGUGCGAAUGGAUGCAGGCUGCUACACUUCUUCUCGGUGGCAAGGCAUGGAUCAAGCCACUCGAGUUUGUCGCUCACAUGGGUAUUUCCACGGCGCGGGCCUAAAUUGGGAAGAAUAUCUUGGAUGUGUUUUCUUGAACCCUGACUUGGUCAACGCCUCCAACACCCUUCGCUUUCUCCAAGUGGACCUCACAAAUUGCUAUUGCGUUCUCGGCAGUUGCAGAGUCAUCGAGGAGGCCGCACAAUACCUCACAGUACACGGACUCUCGCCGCCACUAGAGGUCAUCGAAAUACUUGGGACAAAGACACAAGCCGAGCGCGACAUCGUGCUGAAGGAGCUCGUAAAUCCCGAGAACUAUAAGGAACAUAAGGUCACCGACCGUAAGCCGAAGGUGGUCUUCAAGUCAUUCAGAAUUCCGGAACAGACGCAUACUAAUUUGAUGCGUUUCUUACAUACGACGGAAGUGGAAGCUGAUCUCGAGGACUGUGAGAUAGACCUGCAGGAGUUAGUACGGUCGGACCAAGUGGACACGAGAUAG